UAAACAAACUACCUGCUAUGUGGAAGUUGUGUGCCGGCUGUUUUUUGUUAAUGUUUUUUCCGUUAUUUAUGCAUCUUAAAUAUCUACGAUGUCUCACACUGGAUCCUCCUGUACGACCUCUCAUGACAUAGUCAAGCCUUCUACAGGUGUUAAUGGAAGAAUCAAAAGUGGUCGAGAUGAAUCUGUUGAUGAAGUUGCUACAUCUGAGACCAAUGACUCCAGCGGUCCAGACACAAGUGUGAGGGAGCGUGUGUUAAAGGAGGUAGGACUCACCAGCACUGCCUUCAUUGGUCCAGCUUUUCCUCCUCCAAAACACACCAGAGUCAAGCCCAACUUUGAAGACACGCUGAGUGAGUUUUACAAAGAGCUUGAUAAGAUCGAUACACCCGAUGGUGCUAAUGGUAACCCAGGGAAACAAAAUGCAGAUCGUUUUCGACGACCUUUACCUCCCAAAACAUCAACCAGCAAACAGACUAAGGAUGGAAGCGAGGAGAAAAUUGUUUACACAAGCCAAUCUGCAGAGACAGACGGCAACCAGAAUAGUAUUGGGAAGUCACAGGCAUCCUGGUCACACUGGUAUCAAAACGAGCCAUAUUACCCCAGAAGACCAAGGCCAGCUGCUCCUCCUCAAAAUCAACAGCAUUAUCCUCAAACACUGAACAGACCACCAAACCCAGGAUUUCACAGACCCCCAUUCCUUCGUCCACCACCUCCUCCUACAUUCCCAAAUCCACAAAACGCUCCAACACACGUGAAUCAAAACUGGAGCAAUUCGGGCACAACAAACCAGUAUCAAGAGGAGUCGCACUUUCCAACAUUUCCUAGCUUCCCACCUCCAAAUGUAUGCACUCACCCCUCUCAGGGCAUUUAUGGAGCUUCUCCAUACCACUUAGACAGGGACGAACGGGGUUGUAACUAUGAUGUUCACUCAGAUCGUGUAAAUUCUGGAUGGUCUAGAGAUGGAAACGAAGAAUCGUGUCAGUUUGCUGAAGAUUAUGGCAGGCGCCAUAAAUAUGAUUCAGAAAAUGAACCGUGGGAGCAUCACCACCGACCUCCCAAUAAGACUAGUACAUACCACUCUUCCUUGGUGCUGAUCUUGAUGAGGGGAUUACCAGGAUCUGGGAAAUCAACAAUGGCCAGGGAGCUUCUCACCACUGGACCCAGUGGGCUAAUACUGAGCACAGAUGACUACUUCUGUCACAGAGAUGGGUACCGCUACGAACCAGGCCUUCUUGGAGCAGCACAUGAAUGGAACCAGAACAGAGCUAAAGAUGCGAUGCAUGAUGGUCGAUCUCCCAUUAUUAUUGAUAAUACAAACGGCCAAGCUUGGGAAAUGAAGCCAUAUGUCAAAAUGGCCUUGGAGAGAGGAUACAAAGUGGACUUUUGUGAACCAGACACCAGCUGGAAGUUUGAUCCUUAUGAGCUGGAGAGGAGGAACAAGCAUGGAGUUCCACAGGAGAAGAUCGCUCAGAUGAUGGAUCGUUUCUCAUUCCCAAUAUCUGUGGACAUCGUCAUGAGUUCACAAGAACCGCCUCAUGUGAACCAGAGACGUCGUCCAGAGCAGUCACAGUUGAUGAGGACAAACAGAGAUUUCCAUUAGAUCUUUACAGGAAUUCAACCAUCCAAAUAAUUUGCCAUGAAGAACGAAACUUUUGAAGUUUUGUAAAAAAUGAUUAACUACUGUUUCUACGUGAUUUUUAGUCAAUUUUUUUGUAUUUUGUAAAUUUGUGUAAAGAAAGAGGAAUUAUAUUUUUUCUGACCAAGUUUUCAUAAUUACAGUUCCACGUAUGCCAGGAAAAGAAUGUUAUUUUUGCUAUUUGUAUUGAAUGACUUUUGCAGUUUGUGUGUUCUGUUCAAUAUACAACAACAUGGAAAACCAAAAGGUUGUCCUCAUCUGCCUCAUGUUGCA